AUGAAGUGCUUUAUAUUGAUCAUUGCUGCAAUUACUGCAGUCACAUUCUCAUAUCCUUCUUCUGAGGACAGUUACGAAUAUGAAGAUUUCUCAAAUAAGAACUGGAUUGAUGAUUCAAAUGACGAAAGCUAUUUUCAACAAUUCAAAAAUUCUAAAUUUGUUAACCAAUGCAUUAGGUUCAAUUCUACCAUUGAUCCAAAAUCUGCUGUCUUCAAGAAUCAACGAACUAACCUAAAAGAGCCAACAGCUGAGCAAAAAGAAAAUUGUUGGAAUUAUCUCAAAAAUAAAGGAACCAAAGCAAGAAAGUGGUUCACAAGUUGGUUCUCAACAUCACAAGUUAAAUCAGAUGCGGUUGACGAUGAAACUACGGCAGAGUAUGAAAUCCUCACCACGUCACAGCCAAACUCAGAUAAUGAUGAUAAGAUUUAUUUUCCAGACACAUUUUCAACACAAAAGCCGACAGGAUUAAUUGAGAGAAUCUUUGGAUAA